AUCCACAUCCCCAAGUUCAACCAAUUCCAAGCAAGAUGGUCGCCCGUUUAAGAUAACUGCCUCAGGCGGCUGAUGGGUAGCAGUUAGACGAUUCCAAAGAGGCUAUAUCGCCAAUAUGUCCCACAUAAAGGCGUCGCCGACGGCGCGACUGCUUCGCUCUUCGAGGCUCUUCUCCCUCCCACCUCCACUCCCAGCGCCAUCGAUGUUACGAACUACGUCAAUGGGCCUUCCGCGAGAAUCAGACACCGCGACGCUACCCUACCCGACCAUACAAGCCAUAGCUACGCCGGCAUCAUCCCGCGCUCGUGGAGACUGGGGCCUUAAGAGACCCUUGCCGCUGCAGUCCACGACCGUGAGCAGCACACCCGAGAUCAAAGUCACGGCAAUGGAUACAUUGGAACAUGUCACGGAUUUCCAGGGCGCCACGGAUCAUACCCAGACCUUGCGAAAAUUUCAGCAGAUGAGUGUGCCAAUGUUGGGGUACAAUCGGACACCGCGGUUUUUGACGGAGCGGUCAGCGGCUCGGCCCAGCUUCCGCAGUGCCUUUGAAGAGGAGGACGACAAUACCUAUAUUGAGAAUACAACCGAACAAUCAACAGAAUCAGGCCAAGAAGGAGGAAAUUCAUCGGGUCCCGCAAAUACGUCCACGGGGUUGCAGGCAUUGCAGGCUCGAAAGAAGUGGAAAUAUCAAGGCCCAUGGCUCGGCGGAAUGACCCCAAGCGACUUCAAUCUAUGGGUGAAGGACAUGCUGAAAUACAAGAAGGAUGGAUUCCAACAGCUGCUCCGCGAACACAUCGUCGACAAAAUGUGGACGGAUCGGGUGGACAAUGCCCGCAAGGCCGCGGUCGAAGCACACUCCGACGACCCCCUGUUCGACGUUAGUUCCGUUAACUUGGAGGAUCAUUACCCUGUGGAACCGGAUGGUAGACAUUUCACGUCCCGCGAGAAAUUCGUCUCCGCCCUCGAACCCGUCCUACCCAAGGACAUCACCACCGCCCCAAUCAUUGACGCACUCGCCAUCGAAUUCCACGCCCACAUCCGUUCCCUCCGGCGCCUACUCCUCGCCGACCCGCAGCUCUCCGCCCUACUUCAAGAGGUCCUCCAUCUCCCCCCGCUCGACCGAGAUUUCAACGACAGCCCGUCCCUGUUCGACUCCUACAACCUCAGCAGCCCCCCUCUCUCCACCCACCCCUCCGCCGGCCUCUCCUACCUGCGCACCAACGCGCACAUGACGAACCACCCGCUGGUGGGCCCGCGCGCUGCCGCGCCGCCGGUGCGAGGCCGGAUCCUGGCGCCGUCGAGCACACAGCGCGGCCGUAAGGCGAAGCUCGGCAUUGGCGGGUUCGUGGUGCAGGAGGAAGGGGACGCGCGGACGAUGCAGCCGAACAAAUCGAUGUAUAUGAAGCCAGAUGAGUUUGGGGGGAAGAUGUGGGCGAAUGUGGAGGCGGCGGAGGUGGAUAGUAAGGGAAGGGUGAAUCUGAAGUACCAUGCGGUGGCCGACAAGGCGGAUGAGGUGAACGUCAAGCAAGGCGUGUAUGAGCGACAGGAUAUUGGAGAGAGGGUGGAAAAGCGGGCGAGUUUUGCAAGGGCGUUUCUCUGAACUAGUGGGGACGUUGUCGAUGAAGCAAGGAUUGUGCAUUGUAAGAUAAGUGUGAUACACGAGCAUAUAGUGUACAUAGACUGCAUGUCGAUAUAUUCUACGCGAUUCUCAGGUGAGAUCCCAGAAGAGA